CAUGCUGGUAUAUGAUAUCACUAACGAGAAAUCUUUUGAAAAUAUCCGUAACUGGAUCAGGAACAUUGAAGAGCAUGCUUCUCCAGAUGUAGAAAAAAUGAUCCUUGGAAACAAGUGCGAUAUGAAUCACAAGCGGCAAGUGUCCAGAGAGCAAGGAGAGAAGCUGGCCCUUAGUUUUGGAAUUAAGUUUGUGGAGACGAGCGCAAAGGCAAACAUUAAUAUAGAAAAUGCAUUUUUUACUCUUGCAAAAGACAUCAAGGCAAAAAUGGACAGGAAACUGGAAGGCAAUAGCCCUCAAGGCUGCAGCCAGGGUGUGAAAAUCAGCCCAGAGCAACAGAAGAAAAGCAGCAUUUUCCGAUGUGCCCUUCUCUGAGGGAUGCAGCCCUAGCAUGGCUACCUGGACUGACUCAGCUUCCUGGACUGUUCUUGCUUGCAGGGGCUUCUCUCUCUCUUUCUGUCUCUCUCUGAAUCUGACCCCCCUGCAACCCAUCCUGUGCCUAUGAGGAGGAGAGUGAGAAGGCAGUGUCUUUUCACGACUGACUCUUGUGUGUUAGAGAACUGAGCUGUCUUCUCAUUGCUUCUGAUUGGUGGAAAAUGUGCUGGGGCUUGGAGAAAGAGAUGUAUGGCAAAAGAUCACCUGAAGGAAGUUUCUUAUGGGGUUCUCUUUCUCUCGGGGAUACGUUUCGUUAACUCUGUGGAGCCUAGUAGUAAAAGUAAGUUAUGAUCAGGAUAAUUCUAAAUGAUUUCCCACAGAACUCCCAGUCUGUUCUAACGGUGUGGGACACAAGAAUGUUUAUAGGACUUAAUUGUACUGUCAGCUAUAAGCACUGAUUUUUUAAAAAUAGACCCUCAUUUCGGAGGGCCCAAAAGCUCACACUUCCCUUGCACAAAAAGAUAUACCUUUAUCUGUCCCUGGUGUGCUCUUGCCAGGUGUUCUCAACAUUCCUUUGGUAGAAGUUGCACAAUACCUAAAUACAAAA